GUGCACACGAGCCAAGCCGCUCGCGAGCCACUCGAGAAUCGCUCGGUCACCGCUCGACUCGAGUUCGGUCAUGUUCGAACUCGAGCCGAACUCGAGCCAGCUCGGUAAGGUGUCGAGCCAUUUUCGAGCACUAUUAUUCUUGGCUCGUGGCUCGCGAGCCGGUUCGCGAGCCAUACUAUAAUUAUACAUAUAUUUAUAUAUAUUUAAUAUAUUUUAUGAAUAGGCCUGAUUAAAAGUUUAAAGUGGGCUUAUUUUCUAAACUCCCUGUAAAAUGUGUAACCCUAAAACUAUUCAUCCGAUGAAGUUCUUCUAGUCUCUCUUCUCCUCUCUCGCCCAGACAUCUUGUAUCGUAACUCAAGUACUCAACUACUCAAGUAGCGAUGGCGUGAUACUCACAGUAGCAAAAAGCGUCCAAGUAGCUUGUCUAUCUCGAGCUUCUCCACCAGUACAACUCGCUUCAAUUAGACUAGGUAUUCGUUUCAUCAAGCAUGUCUACAGAAAAUGCAUCCAUUCAACUAAAUCCACACACCCCAAGCAGUGUAGUCGUUGAAAGUAAUGAGCUACAAGAACAAAGUGAUCAAGUUGAAAGAAUAGAACCAGCUGUAGCCAGCCAUGGAACUUCACAAAAUGCUGAAGAAGAGGAGUUUCAAAUAAAGAAAAGGAAAAAGACAUCUGAUGUAUGGGAUGAUUUUGAAGUUGUCAUGGUAAAAGGGGUUAACAAGGCGAUGUGUACUUUUUGUUCACGCCAUUUUGCAUUGAUUAAAUCGGGUACCACAACUAGCUACAAGAGGCACCUGAAGAAUUGCGUGCAGAGAAAAUUGAAACUCAAGAAGUCGAGACUGUAGAGCCUAUAAGAUCUGAACUUGUAGAUUACCUAGAUAAGAGUCGCCUCAAGAAGAGUGAAAUUUCUGAAGAGUUUUCUUGUUUGGACUGGUGGCGUAUGAACCGAAUACAGUAUCCAAUACUCGCACAACUGGCUGCAGAUAUUUUAGCCAUUCCAGUUACAAGUGUGGCUUCCGAAGCCACUUUUAGUGCAGGUACAAGAGUUAUUGAUACUUAUCGUGCAUCAUUGUUACCUGAAACGGU